AUAUUUAUAGCUGCGAGCAUGGUGAAUGAUCUGAAUCUGACUAUUAUUUAAUAAUGAUAAUAAUAAUCAGAUCUCAUAUAGCGCAUAACAAAUGUGUCUCUAUUUUAUGCGCAUCAGAAAAUAAAGGAGAGGAUGAGAUAAUAUGUAAUGGAAAUCAUCCUUCAUGAUGACGUCAGCGAAUAAACCAAAUGUACAGCCAAUGGGGAGCUGGCUGAAAGUAUUGUUAGUUGUGGUUCUUCUGGCGACGAUUAUCCUUCUUAUCGCAUCGCAGACCAUGGUGAGCUCUACACCCCACAUUGGGAUAUUCUUCAUUGCGAAACAGAACGAUAACAUCGUGUCAGCACAGAGUGGUCGUGACAUCCUCAUGACGUCAGAUAUUGAUGCCAGCAAUGUGACGUCUAGCAGGUUCAUCAACGGAAGCCCGAAUCCUUUGGCGUCGCAGAUUGGCGCAACUUCUGAGGUGGGACCUACCUGUGUACGUCAGAAAAACUUAGCCUUCAUCAAGACGCACAAAACAGGAAGUACCACGGUGGCCUCCAUCAUGCACCGAUACGCGCUCUCGCAUUGGUUAUCGUGUUUAGCCUACAAAUCAGACCCCACGCGAGGCCACAUCAGAUUCGAUGUGCUCACAGAGCGCUCCAAUCGCAAAUUCAUCCCACCGCUUGGCGUCCGUGUCGGAGACUACGAGAAUUACAAGGACUACAAUGUGCUGGCCGUCCACGUGCGCUAUCAGCCGGAGAUGUUGAAGAAGUUUAUGGCCGAAGAGACGAAGUACAUCACAAUUCUCCGGGAACCAAGCUCGCAUUUCGAGUCUGCCUUUACAUUCUUUGGAGCGGAGAGUGAGCUCUUUGGUGCCCAUCACGUCGGCAAUAUAGCCAAGUUUGCCAAAAAGCCAAGUCAGCACUGGAACCAACUCUCAAGAGGCCAUAAGAAAUAUUACACACGCAAUGGGCAGAUGUUCGAUCUUUCAUUAGACCAAAGGAUACACACCGAUAGAACGAUUGUGAAAUCGAUCAUUGGUGAUAUAGCAAAGAAAUUCAGCUUGGUCUUGAUCAUGGAAUAUAUGGAUGAGUCGCUUCUGUUGCUGAAGAAAUUAAUGUGUUGGGACUUCAGGGACAUUUCCUACGUCGUGAAGAACCAUCGCGCGCAUACCUCCAAAAUGGCGGACGGUGUGCGCGCGGCGCUGCGUAAAUGGAACUGGGCGGACAACCUGUUAUACGAGCAUUUUAAUGUCACACUGUGGAAGAAGAUUGCUAAAUACGGACCAACGUUCGAGGAAGACUUAGUGAAAUUUAGAGAAAUCUUGAAAGAAGACUACGACGAGUGUGUAGCCCAGGAAUUAAUAAAAAGAAAGAAUAAAAUUGUAAGGACAGAGUUGGCUAAUAAUUCCGAAUAUUGUACCAAUUUGGCAGGUAGUCCAUAUCGUUUAUUUAACAAAGUUUACAAACGGCAGAUGGGUAACAUGAAAAUGACUUAACAUAUUAUGCAAUAGACAUUAUAUGACGUCAUCAUCUUAUAGCGCCCUCCCUCAGAGGAUAUAGGAAUACGCGUAAACGGAGAUUUGUCAGAGAUGCGCCAACUGCAGCUCACCUACGCAUGCAAGGCAAUUAUUAUUAUUGUUCCAGCCACUAAGAUGGCGGUGUGGUGACGUCAAAGAAUAUGGUUUAUGAAACAUCAUGUUGUAUAAGAUUGUUGAAAACGGUCUUUAUAAGAAAUACAUCCACCAUGAGAAUGCAAAUAAAUGCGUCCAUAGGUUUUAAAAAUUUGGGGGACCAUUAGCGAGGGAACGAAGUGAGUCAGUGACCAAACCAGAUGGGAGCGAUACUAGCCUAUAUUAUGUGUCAUAUUCGUGGGAGCUCAAAGAAAGAAAGUCAAAUGCGUAUCAGAAAAGUAUUAUAGAUAUUGCCUGCCGAGAGGUUGAUUAUGGUAAAUGGAAUUUAUUUUUUACCUGAUCGCUAAGAAAGCAUGAAAGCUUGUAAGCAAGCAACCAAAGGACCGACGGCUUAAGGUCCUCUCCGAGGGACCUGGUUGUGAGGAUUUAAAUGCCUUACCAAUUAAAGGGCACUAGUGCACCAAGUGAGAAUUGAAAAGCGGUCACCAGAAUCCGAAACCCCAGAUCUACCGAGGCUGAGCUACACUGUUAAAAAAAACAGAUUUUACAGAAAGAAAUAACCAAAUCAUUCUGUAAAUUGUUAUAUCAGGAAAGAUUUUUUACAAUUUUCUACAAUUUUAUAGAACAGCUCUGUUUUUGAAAAGGGGAAAAGAGUCUUAUUACAAUAAUUUUUUUAGGUUACAUACACCAAAUACCAAUUUUCUGUAAAUUUACACAAAUGCAUGUAAAAUUACGCAGUGCAGUAAGAUUACAGGUGUUCUCGAGACUCUGCUGCAGGAAUUUUUGUUUUUUGAAGUAGAUAUUUUCUAACAGUGUAUCGCACCAGUCCUCCCUAAUGCGUUCUUUCCUCGAUCAAUGGAGUUAUAUAUUUCUCCCAUGCGAUUAUCAUGAUUAAUAGUUUGCCUGAAGCGCGAAGCGCGUUAAGGGAUUUGUCCCGAGGAGAAAAAGUGACAAGAAAUGUACCCACAUUAUGCUGCACUCACUGCGGGUGAGAUGAAUGGGUACCCUGAAUUCCUUGAAUGCACAACAAUGGAAACGGUAGCUCGAGCUAAAGUUGGGGUAAUAAUGAUAGUGUGCCUCGGAACAGAUGGCGAUAUAUAAAUGCAUAUUUUUACAUUUAAAAAGAAGUAUUUUCGAUGCCACUUUAAUUUUAUUUUCGAUUCAUAGCUAUAUAUUACAUUAUGGAUGUUCCUAUAUUCCCAACUUCAGUACGCAUCCACAAGCGGCAUUAUGUAAACUAGAAUAAGUGAAAUUAAUAUCCAUGUUGCGUUUGUCUUUAUACUGUUUGAAUGAAUUAAUCAUGCCCUAUUAU